GGCUGGCAGGUCACGUGACGGCAGCGCGGGCUUUGGAAGGCGACGGACCUGAGGAGAGCGGGGCUUCGGACUGUCCUGGGCAACACCUGGAGAAGCGCUGCUUGCCCGGCCUCGCGCCCCGAAGGCCAGCCUUCUCCCCUCUGUGUCAUCAUGGGAAUCCAAGGCCUGGCCAAACUCAUUGCCGACGUGGCCCCCAGUGCCAUCCGAGAGAAUGACAUCAAGAGCUACUUCGGCCGCAAGGUGGCCAUUGAUGCGUCCAUGAGCAUCUACCAGUUCCUGAUCGCCGUGCGCCAGGGCGGGGAUGUGCUGCAGAACGAGGAGGGUGAGACCACCAGCCACCUGAUGGGCAUGUUCUACCGCACCAUCCGCAUGAUGGAGAAUGGCAUCAAGCCCGUGUACGUCUUUGAUGGCAAGCCCCCGCAGCUCAAGUCGGGAGAACUGGCCAAGCGCAGUGAGCGCCGGGCCGAGGCCGAGAAGCAGCUGCAGCAGGCUCAGGCUGCCGGGGCCGAGGAGGAGGUAGAGAAAUUCACCAAGCGGCUGGUGAAGGUCACCAAACAGCACAACGAUGAGUGCAAGCACCUGCUGAGCCUCAUGGGCAUCCCGUACCUCGAUGCCCCCAGUGAGGCGGAGGCCAGCUGCGCAGCCCUGGUGAAGGCGGGCAAGGUCUACGCUGCGGCCACCGAGGACAUGGACUGCCUCACCUUCGGCAGCCCCGUGCUCAUGCGCCACCUGACGGCCAGCGAGGCCAAGAAGCUGCCCAUCCAGGAGUUCCACCUGAGCCGUGUCCUGCAGGAGCUGGGGCUGAACCAGGCGCAGUUUGUGGAUCUGUGCAUCCUGCUGGGCAGCGACUACUGUGAGAGCAUCCGGGGCAUCGGGCCCAAGCGAGCUGUGGACCUCAUCCAGAAACACAAGAGCAUUGAGGAGAUCGUGCGACGGCUCGACCCCAACAAGUACCCCGUGCCUGAAAACUGGCUGCACAAGGAGGCCCAGCAGCUCUUCCUGGAGCCCGAGGUGCUGGACCCAGAGUCCGUGGAGCUCAAGUGGAACGAGCCGAACGAAGAGGAGUUGGUCAAGUUCCUGUGCGGUGAGAAGCAGUUCUCGGAGGAGCGCAUCCGCAGUGGCGUCAGGCGGCUGAGCAAGAGCCGCCAGGGCAGCACCCAGGGCCGCCUGGAUGAUUUCUUCAAGGUAACCGGCUCGCUCUCCUCAGCCAAGCGCAAGGAGCCGGAGCCCAAAGGAUCCGCCAAGAAGAAGGCAAAGAUGGGGGCUGCCGGGAAGUUCAAAAGGGGAAAAUAAAUUACCUGUUGUUGUGUCUCCUUGACCCCAGAA